UCAAGACCUUCAGUACAGUUUCAUACAGCACUGUGCCUGUCACGACUCAGCUGCAGACAUGAAUAGCCAAGAAGUUACUUAUGCAGAACUUAAUCUGAUGAAAGACUCAAAGAGACAGCAAAUGAAACCCAAGGGCACUAAAAGUUCCAUUUCAGUAACUGAGCAGGAACUGCUCUAUGCAGAAUUAAAUCUUCAAAAUGCUUCUCAGGAUCUUCAAGGGAAUGACAAGAAUUAUCACUGCAAAGCUACUGAAAUACCAGAGCAGAAAAAUUUGUCCCUGACAACAAAGAUCCAGAAAGCACAUCACUGUGGUUGUCCAAAAGAGUGGUUUGUGUAUUCCAACAAUUGCUAUUACAUUAGCACUGAGAGAAAAUCAUGGAAUGAAAGUUUUAUGUCCUGUGCUUCUAAGAACUCUAACCUGCUGUACAUAGAUGAUGAAGAAGAAAUGUAUAUGUUGGACUUCUUCAUUCGUUCUUCAUGGUGUAGAGUCUCCCAGACAAGAAAUAAUAGUUCAUGGCUGUGGCCCAAAGGCUUAACUUUCCUUUCCAAACCGUUGUCAGUAUCUUCAGAGUGGGACCACAAUUGUACCUUUUUAUACGUUCAGGCCAAAAAAAUUUUAAUUGAAUCCUGCUUAGAAAUAAAAACAUAUAUGUGUAAGCACCAGGCACUUCAACCUACCUAAAUCUGAUAUAAUGCUGCUUCACCAUCUAUAAAGAAUAUAUUUCUCCUUUCUUCAAGCCAUAUGAUUCUUUUCUUAGAGUUAUUUUUUUAAGAUUUUAUUUUUUACAACAAUUUUGGGGUCACGGCAAAAUUAAGACAAUGGUACAGAGAUUUCCCAUAACCCUCCAGCAUGCACAUAUGCAUGCCGUCUCCCAUCAUCAACAUCACUCAUUAGAAUGCUUUGCUUGUUACCAAGGAUUAAUCUCCAAAGAUUUGGACCCAAGGUCCAAAGAGUACCUGAGGUUUUACCCUUAGGGUUGUAGAAUUAUUUUUAAAUCUUUAUUUAUAUUAACAUAAAAAAAUAUAUACUCAGGAAUAUAUCAUCCAUCUCUUAAACUUUUGUUAUUUAUUAAAAUAAAUUACAUAUACAUUAUAAAUGAUAAUAUCAAGCAUUAUUAUGAUAAAGCCCUUGGUAGGGUGAAAAAGCCCCCUCAUAUUGCCAAAUUAAUUGAUUUGUUCUAGCCCUAAACGGGCUGCAUGUGAAGGUUGAAUGACCCAGAGUGGCAAGGUUAUCAGUCAGUGUUGAGGUAGGAGACAGAAACCAGGAGAAGUUUGAUAUAAAGAAUUAUUAACUAUAUGGGAAAGCCUAGCAUGAGGGGAUGAAACAAAGUUAUAAGAAUACCUUAGGCUUAAAGGAAAGUACCGAAAGGAGGGAUCACUGGGAAGCCAGAUCCGCUCUCUGAAGAUGGGAUUUAGAUGUCAUCGAGGACAAUGUGGGUGCACACAGCUUCAUGGCCGACAUGCUCACUGGAUUGACCUGGGGCAGAGCAGCUCCUCGGUCCCCUGGCUGAACUUGGUGAGGAAGGAUCUCGGUCUAAGACUGGCAGGCAGGAAGAACCCCCUGCCAGAGUGUUAGCAGGUAGAGGCUGGAAGAGGAAACUUUAAAUGGCACUGGCCACAGACACUCAUGGAGGCUGAAUACACAGGACUUCCUGCAAACAUGCAGCUGGCAACUAAGCCAUAGUGGCCAAAGGAGAGAAAACACCAAGGAACCAGGAAGAAGAGCACUUUCUGCUGCAGUGUCUCUCGAUGGCCUUUUACCAACAGAAGUCAACCUCCUGUGAGAUGACGAGAGAAAAUUGAUAGGAUCUUGCACCGUUAUCUGAGAAAAGAGCACUGAGGGAUAGAUUUGGAGCUGAGAGUACUAAAUUGAUAACCAGGCACUCAGGGUAUCAUGCAACAAUCCCAGGGUUGCCGUCUAAGAGCCAUUCAGAUCUGCCCACUUCCUCAGAGAAUGGAACCAAGCUGUACCUUCUGAAUCCGUUUUAGUGCAGCACUAAUCAAAGAUUAGAUUCAUUUUUGGGGAGAGGUUGCUUUUUCAAUGAAUAACAACCAGUGUCCUUUGGUACUUCUUCUUGUCUACUGUUUUCCUCACCAGGAUUUCAGAUAUUUUGGAAGGUAUCUUGUUUUAUUCAAUUAUCUGUGUCCUCA